AUUAGUAAAUUUUUAGAUGUCUAAAGUCAAACUUCUUCAAGCGGAUGUGAAUCUUCUGAUGACUUAUUUUUCUAAGCAAAUUUUUGAAGUUCUGAACGGAGCUAAUAAUGUUUAUGUUAUGAAAGAACUGAAGAACGCUCAUACUCAAUUUUCAGCAUUAAAGGUGACUGGUAAUUACCCAUUUGGUAACAGGGAGUUCUUCUCGCGGCUCAAGACUACUUUAAGAAACCUAUAUCCUGAGUUUAAGCAUGAAUGGGAACCAUUAUUUCUGCAGAUAAGCAAUAACCUCCGUCAACAAAGAUGGUCAAAGAUAAAUGAAAGUUCCCCAAAACUUUUGCAACUAGCUAGAGGGCAUAAUAGCUUAGCCAUCAAAGAAAUUUUGCCACUUGCUGAACCAGUUUUAUCAAUCGUUGAAGCUGAGGCAGAGCUCAAGAACGAACUUGAAAAAGCUGUUCCAUCUGUUGCUGUAUUGAGCAUCCUCAACAGAAGCCUAUUUCAACACCAAAUAUUUGAUCAAAUUCCGCAUAGACUUUGAAUAGCUCCAUCUCUUCUAAUUGAUGAAUUUAAAAGGUUUUUUCCCGAAAAUGAAAAUAUUAUUACUAAUGCUAGAUGGUUUCUUAAGGCUGCGUUUAGUGAUAAUGUGAAUGUUGUUUCAAGCAUAAUAGAACUGCAAAAAAUGUUUAUUUCUAA